CAGAUGGGUCCUGGAGAUCUCGUUACAGCUGCUAAAGCCAUCUGGACGGUCUACGAGAGCAUCGCGGGCGGCGCUGCGAAGGACUUUAACUCUUUCCUCGACGAGUUUCGUUCUAUCAAAGAUCUCCUAGAGAAGCUUGAAGAGGUAAAGGGCUCCACCUCCAAUGAUGGGGCGGAUCUGGGGGCCUUUUAUGAUCAAACGCUCCGGGAAUGUGCGAAGUUUGUGGAAACCCACAAAAAGCUCGCGCAAGACGAGGCUUUGACUGCAGGUGGUCACCGACAUAGCCUGGGAACCAAGGUGUCCACAUUGUUCGAGAAGAGCAUCUGGCCUUUGGAACAGGAUGAAGCCGAGAAGCUUCGUCGGAAACUGGAGCGCUGUCUGAAAAUGGCAACCCUGAAGUCAACGGAAGAAACCCGAGGGAUGGCCAUUAAGAUUAUCCGGGAAGCAGAGCAUGGGCGACUGGAGAACUUGGAGAUGCUCAAAUCUAUCAAGACGAUGACUGCCCAGAUUUCCUCCCUUCUGCGGUGGUGUGUCCUCGAAGGCCCUACAGAUGCCGAUUCCUGGAACAUGAUGCACAAUAUGACCCAUCUUCACUAUCGAUCGAGACCUGCCCUUCCUGAGCCUGGCCAUGAGCUACGCAUGAUCCCCGAAGAUGAGGAACUGUUCGUAUUUGAGCGCCAGGGGAGCCUUGAGAUAUUAGAUCGCAUACGUGAGACUUCUGAGCGACUGGAUAAUUUGGUGCGGCGACUCAAUCCGCAUGACGCAUCGGGCCGGAAGAUGGAGCAGUGUCAACCUCCUGGUCGUGCAUACACGCUGGAGAGUAUGAGUGACGGAGCGCCGACGGUCGCCCCCGUGGCUGAACUUCUGCACCAAGCUAGCGAUGAUGUGCGCGCUGCAUUGGAGAUAGUAGGAUAUAAAGAUGAUUUUGUGCCCAGCCAUGAUUCUUCUCAGAAAGGCCACGACCUAGCUGGCCAUCCUGGUUCCCAGAAUAUCAACGAAGCCGCCGAAGAAUGGGAACAAUUCCGCCAGUGGCUAGAUUUCCAAUUCAAGCACACCUUCAACACGAUACCUGAUGAUCAUGAGUCCCGAAAUAGUAUAUCUAGGGUACAAUCAUCGUCUUUGCUCUCGUCGUCGCCAGAAACUGGCUUGCCGGGGAUCUUCCUGUCGCGAACAUCUACUCGUGAGUCUGAUCUAGAAUCGCAAGCAUCACCUCUAUAUGGGCCGAGCGUGUUCAUACCGGAUCGGAGGGUUCAGCUCACUGAGCAUCCGGUGCAGAUAGAGUUUCCUCACCCCGAUGUUGCUCACCGCACUGCAUUCCGCAGUUUGACUUGCACCGUGACAGCUGUCUUCAACGCCCAAAAUGAGCCGGAGGCGAUUGAAGCAGUCGAUAUCCAUAGUGGGGCCAAGGUGACACAAAAGAUCCAGCCCUCUUCGCAUCAGGUUCAGAGCUCAAUGCUCCCUUACAUGCCCAGCCGGCGCGUGUCCAGAUCCUUUUCCGAAGACUAUGUGAUUUGGUUUCAAGGAUCACAUAGAACAAAGAUUGAGGAGGAGCAGAGGCUAACGAGGUUGAGGAUGGCACCAGUCUACCGGUGCCAUGACCGUAAAGAUUUCUAUGAUUUCCAGAAGGCCCUACUCAAGAGGCGAGUCAUUCAUUGUAUUGACGUGAGGAACAUAUCCGUCAAUACGGGGGAAUACCACUGCAACUCCGCAGAGACCGUGCGGAUCUUGGAGGAUCCAAUCACCAAAAGCCGGUCGCUCCUGUAUUUUGCUUCAUACCCUGGAACUGGUCGAUGUGCGAAAUUUGUCGAUAUGCAGGUAACUGAGUUUGGCAAACCCCAUGCAAAGUCGAAGCACGUGAAGCUGCCUUACAACAGCAUCUCGCGACGCAGUUCCAUAGAAAGUGCCACUAGCGUUCUAUCCCAGGAGUCACGGCAUUCCAUAUCCUCGAAACACUCCCUUUCCACCUCGCCCGGAUCAAGCAAAAGGGAAAAGUACCUAGAGUUCGAAUUCUUCGAGGCUGCCGAUUGCACCAAGUUUGUCAAAGCGUUGAGGGACGGAGAGGAGAUUCUCAAAUGAAGUUACUAGAUUAAUAAUGCGAGUCACGAAACCUAUAAUAUAAUGUAUAUCAGUCCUG